AUGGUGUACACCUUGGAGUACCCGUCCGAGAAGCUGAGCUUCCGCCACCACUUCUCUUCUUUGUUGCUGAGUGGCGACUGGUCCCUCACCUUGCUGGAACUCGGCAGUUUGGGGUCGCUAGUGGCUGCAGCUUGCCUGCUACCCGGUGAGAAGGUGAAUGUCAAGGGCUCUUGGACUCUGAAAGAGCUCGCUGCCUUCCUCUGCACGAAGGCUGCUGUGACGCGUCUUUACAACACCUACUUGGAGGCAGUGUUCUUCAGCUUCCCCAGCUUCCGCACGCAGCCUCCGAAGGAGCAUGCGCUGAAGGAGAAGAGGGACCUUUGUGGAAGGGACAUGGAGCAGCUUCAGACCAUUCUCUUUCAUGAUCGUCUAACCCUGCUCAGUCAGUUCGCCUUUAAUCUGGGUCUCUACUUCGCGAUCCCCGGCUACUACCCAGCAGCGGCCGACGUCGUGGCGCCCCUUCAUGAGCGAGUGCUUCGACUUGUGGCCAACCACUACCUCAUGUCCUUCGGCAUGUACUGGACGCAUCGAGCUCUUCAUGUGGUUCCGUUCCUUUGGGACAAGAUCCACUCUUACCACCACUGGGCUAAGCACCCCUUGUCCCGCAACACCUACGACGACCACUGGCUGGACAACCUCGGCAAUGCCGUGGCCCUCCUCCCCCUGGACCACGGGACCUUCUGGUUCUCGCACAUCUUCCGCAUCUUCGAGAGUUUGGAGAAGCACUCUGGCGUGAGCUGCGGAUUCAAUCUGGCCCACCAGCUGCAGAGGUAUUUCCCAUUUGCGCAGAUGCCACACCACCACGACUGGCAUCACGAAGGCCACAAGGGAUGCAAUUACACCUUCAGCUCCAUCGGCGGUCUUUGGGACUGCGUCUUCGGCACGCGAAAAGUGGGCCGGGCAUUGGAGAUCCAACCUUCGCAGGCGACCUACCGGGACAGAGCCCAGGGUAAGAAAGCGGGCCGAGCUCGCACCCUGCUGGACCACCCGGUGAUGUGCCUCAUGCCCGUGUUCUCAGUGACGGCUGUCGCCAUCAUGAAGCUGCAGAGGGACGGUUUCUCCUUGUCGAAGCAGAGGUGA